AUGAGGCAAGUGAUAAUAAUGGAUGGAACUCACCUGAAGGUUGUGUACAAAGGAGUGCUUCGCAUUGCGACUGCUCAGGAUCCAGAUCAUCAUCAUUAUCCCCUUGCUUUUGCGGUAGUAGAUGGUGAAAAAAAUGCAAGCUGGGAGUGGUUUUUGACUAUAUUAAAAACUUUGAUACCAGAUGAUCAUCAGCUUGUAUUUUGUACUGAUAGAAACCAAAGCAUCAUCAAGAAAGUACACGAGGUAUACCCAUUGGCGAUCCAUGGAUAUUGCAAUUAUCACUUGUCUAAUAAUGUCAGCGGAGCUUGCAGCAAUGUUAACAAGAAAGGGGUUGCCAAAAAAAUUAGAAAUAUUGCUGGUAUUUACAGUGAGGUGGAGUUCCGAAAAUACUACAGCGAUUUCAGGAAAAUGUAUCCUCAAGCGGCCGAGUAUCUAGAUGACAGUGUUCAUGAGACCAAAUGGGCAAGAUGUAAAUUUCCGGGAGAAAGGUAUUUUGAUAUUGAUCGGUAUCCUUGUGUGCAUGCACUUGCUGCCAUCAUGGCGCGUGGAGAAAUGGCUGAACAUUAUUGUUCUAGGUUGUCUUCCCUCCGUAUGUGGAGAAAAAAAAAAGAAAGACUACAAGUUACUACAUUCCCAUCUGCCGGAGAAUAUCAGAGGAAGAGAAAGAAGAAGUUUCCACCAUUGAUUGGUGAAAACAAAGAAAGUGGCAGUGAUGGCAGUGGCAGUGAUAGCAAUAGCAGUGGUAGUGACAUCAGUGACAGCAGUGGCAGCGAGGGAAAUGGGGACGAAGGAGGUGACAACGAAGGAAAUGAUGAAUGA